AAAAAGUUAUAAUUAACACACAAACACACAUAAUAUGAGAAAGUUUGAUUGAUAAGUGACAAAAAUUUUAUCGACAAUGGCGAACAAUGAAGAAAAUUUUGAGCAGUUUGAAGAAGAUGAAGCAGCAGAAACCACAUUAGCCUUAUGCAGUGCAGGAAGAAAACGUCUCUUUAGUAAAGAGUUACGUUGUAUGAUGUAUGGAUUUGGAGAUGAUCAAAAUCCUUACACUGAAAGUGUUGAUAUAAUAGAGGAUCUUGUUAUUGAAUUCAUAACUGAAAUGACACACAGAGCUAUGGAAAUAGGAAAAACUGGGAGGGUGUCUGUAGAAGAUAUUGUUUAUCUAGUUAGAAAAGAUCCACGCAAAUAUGCCCGUGUUAAAGAUCUUCUGACAAUGAAUGAAGAAUUGAAGAGAGCACGAAAAGCUUUUGAUGAAAUAAAAUUUGCAGGUUUGAAUCAAGUGGAAGAAGAAAAGGCUGAAUAAUAUGAUUUUUAUAAUUAGGGAUUCAAAAAUUUUUAUCCAAGCCAAAAAUAACAAGUACAAAUAUGAAAACAAAAGUUAUGAUGCUUCACAGAAAACAUCAGUUUUAAAAUUUUCUGUGUCAAGUAUUUCGUGUUGCUCUGAAUUUUUUACUCUAUAUGAAAAACAUUUGAAAACUGAUACUCUCGGUUUUCUUUUUUUUAUGUACGUCAUUAGAUGAUCUAUUUAGAAGAGAAGAAUAUAAAGCUUUGCUAAA